AUGCCACGCAGAAAGAAAAAAGUUAAGGAAGCUUCUGAAUCUCAGAACUUGGAGAAGAGAGAUGAAGAAACUAGCACGUCUGUCAGUUUGAGGAGGAAGCGUAAAUUUGAUGAUGCAUUCAUUGUGAUUUCGGAUAGUGAUGGAGAGGUGCCAAAGGAGGAGAAUGGACUGCAAAAAAUGACGACAGAACAGCCAAAUAGAGAAAAGAGUUUGCCUAAAAGAAAAAUUGCACAGAUGACAGAAGAAGAACAAUUUGCUCUCGCACUCAGAAUGAGUGAGCAGGAAGCCAGGGAAGUAAACAGCCAAGAGGAAGAAGAAGAGGAACUCUUGAGGAAAGCCAUUGCUGAAAGCCUGAAUAGUUGCCGGCCUCCUGAUGUCUCUGCUACCAGCUCUCCACCUCUUGUCAUUGGACCAACGCCACAGUCCCACCAAGAGAAAACUACAGACUCUGGAAUCACUGAAGGCAUAUGGCAGCUGGCACCUCCAUCACUGUUAAAAGGCUCACAUAUCAGUCAGGGAAACCAGGCUGAGGAAAGAGAGGAGCCUUGGGACCACAUUGAACACACUGAAGAGGAGCCGGUCUUUGACAGCUCAGGAAGCGGGGACCAAUCAAACCAGCCAUUCUUUGAGAACAAGAACAUUAAAUGUUUUGACACAUGCACUGGCCACUUGGCUGAGCACACACGGUGUGGGACGCUCCACGAAAGUACUGGAAGGGGCUGUGCUUUUCUCCAAACUUCCCAGUGUAGGGGUGAUACAUCUAGGCACUGUCUGCCUACUCCAGCAGAUGCCAGCAGUUUCCAGGGCAUUGGGGGUACUGUGCAUUACUACUGGGGUAUUCCAUUCUGCCCUGCUGGAGUAGAUCCUAACCAGUAUACCAAAGUCAUUCUCUGCCAACUGGAGGUUUAUCAGAAGAGUCUUAAAAUGGCUCAAAGGCACCUCCUUAAAAAGAAAGGAUUUGGGGAACCAGUACUACCUAGGCCACCUCUGAUCAAAAAGGAACGUGGUCGAGGAGGUCAGGGUAGUGAAAGAAGUGAAGGCAUCUCAGAAGAUAUGGGAGAUGAAGAUAAAGAGGAAAGGCAGGAAGAGUCUAGGGCUUCUGUCUGGCUCUCAAAACCCAAGGAUUUCCAAGAAAGCCCAAUUAAAAGCUUCAAAGAGAAAUUUUUGUUGGAGGAAGAACCAACAACCAGUCAUGGUCAGUCUUCCCAAGGUCUGUUUGUCAAAGAAACUUCUGAAGAAGAAAACUCUGUACCUGCCUCUCAGAGCAUUGCUACUUUGACUAGUAAGAGAAGCUCAGUCGUUAUGCCAGAGAGUUCUGCAGAAGAAAUCACUGUUUGCCCUGAGACACAGCUAAGUUCCUCUGAAACUCCUGAACUUGAAAGAGAAGUUUCCCCACCUGGCAGAGAAGCCUUGGAUGAAAUCAGAGAAAUAAUGGCAGAUCAGGAGGUUGGUAACAGAGAAGAUACUGGGAAGGAAAUAUCUACUUCUGCCUUCUCAUCUUGUACCAAGGUGUCCUGCCCUCUGUGUAACCAAGGCUACCCACCUGCAAAGAUUGAGCGACAUGCCAUGUACUGCAAUGGUCUAAUGGAGCAAGACACAGCUGGAUUAGAAGAGGACAUACAAGUUCGAUCGGUAGCGGGAGCCGAGAGCGGACCCCUGAGAGCCCUGAGCAGCCCCACCGCCGCCGCCGGCCUAGUUACCAUCACACCCCGGGAGGAGCCGCAGCUGCCACAGCCGGCCCCAGUCACCAUCACCAAAAGAGGCCAAACUGAAGGCCGACUCCUCACACUCCUGGAACAGUCUGAGCACCAAUCUGCAGAUGCUGAGAUAAAGAACACUUCAUCAGAAACAGGAAGCUUAAGAGUUCCCUCACCAGGGGUAGAAGAGGCAAACUACAGUAGAGAGGUGCAGAGUUCCCUUGAACAUCUCGACAGAAAUAAUUCCCCCAUCAAGUCUUUUGUUUCCAUUUCAGAAGCCACUGAUUGCUUAGUAGACUUCAAAAAUCAGUUUACUGCUGGACCAGGUAGCCGGGCACGGACCAACGCAGGCAGAGGAAGAAGGAGAAAACGCUAA